UAGUCAGAACCUUCUUCCAGCCAGGUUCCCCCACACACUGCGGCGGCGGCGACGGCUGGUGCUCCGAUCCGGCUGAUCGGAGAAAUGCCGUGCUGCCAAUGGGUGCUCUCCGUGGCCAAGAGCAGCAGCAGCAACACUCCCUCAUGGCUCCACCGCCUCCACGCCAAGCAGGGCGGCCUCUCCUUCCCCGCCCACCUCCAAAUCGACGACCUCCUCUACGGCCAGCCCCAGCCGCCCCCUCCGCCUCCACCUACACCCCCGCCGCCGCCUCCCCCUCCCGCCCUCCUCCCCCCUCCUCCGCCGCCGCCCCCCGCUUCCUCCGACCGCCGCCUCGCCCUCAUCGCCCCCCAGGAUCCGCUCCCCAACCCCAAGCCGCCCCGCGACCCCGCCCGCCCAAACCCUAGCCUCAACAACACCAGCCAUCCCCCGCCUCAGCCGCCGCCGCCGCUCUCCGGCGUCAUCUCCGACCUCUUCGCCGUCCCCUCCGCCCCGCGAUCCGGCCGCCCGCCCAAGCCCUUCCGCAAGCAGUCCCGCCCCCGCCCCAAGGACAAAUCUGCCACCAAGGACGACAAGGCCAAGGCCAUGGCCAGGAAGCGCCGCCGGGCCGACAGGGGCGGCGCCGGCGUCGUCGACGGGGAGCGGCGCUCCAAGACGGACGUCACCGUCAUCGACACCAGCACCCAGGGCUGGAAGGCCGCCAAGCUGCUCAUCCGCAGGGGCACCGCCUGGAGGGUCCGCGACAGGAAGUACUCCGAGAUCUCCGAGACUGAGGAGGUCAACAAGGGCAAGAGGAGGGCUGGACUCGUCGCCAAAGUGCUCAGGGAUAGGGAGAGGGAGAAAGAGGCCGCCUUGCCGGGAAACAUCCAUGCUGGUAGUGGGUAUCUGUCAAUGGUACCAGGUGAUGAUGCCAUACAAACAGUGAAACGACCAAGAAGCUCCGAACCAGUACUGGGAAGCCAAAGUGCACCUAUUCUUAUGUUACCAAGUUCAAGUACCAUUAGCCAGCCCUGAAGGAGGCUUUAAAAACAGAAAUGAAGGCAUGAAGCCAGGAACAACAUAGCAACAAUGUUCUCGUUACUUUGGAUUAACAGAUUCAGCAAACUCAUUAAGUUUGAGCUAUCCUCUUCAUCUGUUGAUGUCUUCAUUGGUCUCUAUAAAAUUUUAUGAUUCCUAUAUAUUCAUGGCAUCUGAAGCAGGAACCUGCAAUAAUUUCAUGCUCGAAGGUCAACUUUUCCAACGUCGUAUAAGUGCUGGUGUUAGCUAAUGUUGCAUUAGGUAUUGGUUUGGCCCAUUUAAUGUGUGGUGUAGAUGAUGUUUAUACUGGUAGCUCGAUUAUCAUUGACUUACUGUACAACUUCAGUUGCUAUUGUCUGCAAAUUGUUGCAUGUACGGUAUAAUGAUGACUGGAAAAAAGUUUGUCGCUGUUGGUUUGAGUUUAUCGUCCAUUUCAUGGGAUAUCUUGCAGUAGUGAUGUUUGCUCCCCAGAAAGAUGUCAUUCCCUUCCUUAAUUAUUGAUGUCCAUAAAGGCGCAUUCAGAAACCCUUCUGCAUUGCAAAUGUGACAUCAAUUGCUGUGUUUUAUGGAAGGCUAGGUAAGUUUUGUUGGGAAAAAGCUUAGGUAUGUUGGUUGUGAACAAGGGAUCGAAUAUGAGGUCAAAGGAAUCCUAUAUACUCCCUCCGUCUAUUAAUAGAUGUCGGAAGAUUCGUCUAAAUUUAGAUGUAUCUAUGUACUAAAAGAUGUCUAGAUACAUUUGAAUUUAGACAAACUUUUGACACCUAAAAAUGGACAGAGGUAGUAUUACUCAUAUUCAACUUAAUGCCUUUUUUUCAAAAAAGAAAACUUAAUGUCUUCUUUUUUCUAUUGAUAGCUUUGUUCGAAAUGUACAUAGACUACUUGUCUUUUCACUUCAUGCUGCUUUGUUUUAGAAAAAAGGUCUAACCAUUUUAUCAAUCUUGCCAUGCAUUAUUUUAAGAUGUUAUUAUAUGCUAUUUUGAUUAUUUUAGCUUGUGUUGUAACUAUGGAAGGCAUCUUCAAACAUAAGUCCUCUCAAUUUGGCUAGGCUAAGUCUUUUAUGUCAAAUAGUGGAAAUUGGCAGAAAAGGAUUAGGAAAUUCAACCAAUCUAUUAACAAUAGAAACUUUAAUACAUAUAUUUAGUUCUUCACUCAAACAUUAGGCCCACAUCGUUCAAAUGACAAGACCAGAUAGAUAGGUACGUCUUAUUUAUUAGCAGAAAUGGCAAGCAGGGCAGGACACCAUCAGCUCUCAAUGGCAACACCAGGUGCCACAACCUUGAUCAUCCUCGGCUUCUUGGUUGUUCCUGCAGCAAUGGUAGCCCGGACAUGCUCUUGUUCAUAGGCUGAGAGGUGGACUCCGAACGCUGCUCUCCCUGAGGGAUCCAGGUUCCCUGACCACUGAGCAUCCCACUCUACCGCCUUCGCCGUGCUGCAUGCGAUGCUUGGUCCCCCUGGCACUGUCAGGAUCGCCGAGUUCUGG